UCCGGUAUAAAAACCUUUGUUGUUAAUUUUUCUUAGCCGGCCAAGUAAGCUCUUUCCAAUCUUCGAAGUGGGACCCUGGACGUGUGCUCCCCAUCAUCCCUGAGCCGCUGCCACUAGAAUGUAAUCCGGUCAUUCCAUCGUAACUCCUGGUUCUGCGGCUUCUGCCUCAUCACUUACCCACAAGUCCACAAGCUUCUUCCUCGUCUCUCUCACCAGCAAUCUCAAGUUUUCUUUUCCACCCAAUCUCAGAGAAUGUCAUCAGCUGUGGUUGCAGGUUCCUCAUCUUCAUGCUCUACACUCUCCAGGAACCAUUCUUUACAAACCACCCUAUCCAACCCUAUAAAAUCACUAAUUCCCACCCAAAACCAGAAGAGUAGCUUCCAAGGCCUCUCACUUCAAGAUGUCAAGAGGGGUCUCUCAGCUUCAUUCAUAGCUGACAAAAAGAAGGUCGAUUUAGGAUUCAAGAGAAGAGCCCUUGAGAUUGCAGCAAGAAGUGCAGGGGCUACCAAGAACAUUGAAGUUGAAGUUGACAAACCCUUGGGUCUCACAUUGGGUCAAAAACAGGGUGGUGGUGUUGUAAUUACUGGUGUGGAGAAUGGGGGAAAUGCAGCAAAAUCAGGGCUUAAGGUUGGGGAUCAGGUACUAUAUACCAGUAGCUUCUUUGGAGAUGAACUUUGGCCGGCUGAUAAGCUAGGGUUUACAAAAACUGCAAUCCAAGCAAAGCCUGAUUCUGUCUACUUUGUUGUGAGCAGAGGUGCAGAGGUUGACGUAAAACGAUUGCCGAAGCGUCCAGCACCGCCUCGUUUUGGUCGAAAGUUAACUGAAGCACAAAAGGCUAGGGCAACUCACAUAUGCCUUGAUUGUGGAUUUAUUUACUUCUUACCAAAACCAUUUGAAGAGCAGCCGGAUUCAUAUGCAUGUCCACAAUGUCAAGCACCAAAGAAGCGAUUUGCACGAUAUGAUGUAGACACCGGAAAGCCGAUUGGUGGUGGGUUGCCUCCAAUUGGGGUUAUAGUUGGGCUGGUGGUUGGGAUCGCUGGUGUUGGAGCAUUGCUUGUAUAUGGCCUUCAAUAGUGCACUUUACUGCCAUUCUCAUUUUCUGCAAGAUAUUGCUUAACUGGGUCUAAUGACAAUCAUUUCUAUCUGAAUUUUGGCU